AUUGAAUCAAGGUCAUCGAAACCUAGGACGGCCUUCGCGAAGCGUUGGUUAGUUGUUUCUGUUGACGGUCUAGUUUGUUACGUAUGUGCUACUGGAAUCUAUGUUUAUUUUUACGCCAACUUUCUUUUGCCCGUAGAUCUGUCAAACGGCUCUUGUCAAGCUUCAAUUGGAUAUGAGUAUCUACUUGCGGAUUAAACGUUCCAACUCUGAUUUUCCGAGUAGUAUUUGUGAAACAGAAAAUCUUAUUAAACGCCCAAAAAGCGAUGUGCAGUCAGUUAAAUUCCGUUAUAUUGGCAGUCAAAAAACAUCAAAAUGUCCACAUAUGGAUAAAAUUGAUGAAGUGUGUGAGUCUUCGGAUAAAUUAUGCAAGAUUGUUUGCAAUAAAUCGGAUGCUACCGUUGUCGAUGAGAAGCGCUCAGUAAAGUGUCAGGUCAAAGUGAACAGUUUGAAACGUCCAGCUUCUAAUAAUAUUUUUGAUCAAUUCAAUAAUCUCAGUGUUGAUUCAUCUGACAAAUCCACUGGUCCUCGUCCUCCAAAAAUAUUCAAAAUAAUUGAAUUAACUCCAGAAUCUACUUUAUCGAAUUCAUUAAAAUGUAACAAUAAAACUGAUGAUGAUGAUAAUGACGGCAAUACUAACGAAAAUAACAGAAAGUGUAGUGAAUCGAACUUUGUAUAUGAUAUUUACAAAAUGAUGCCAGAUUCAAAUUACUCAGCUGAGUCAAUAAUAUGGUGUCCAGAUGAUAACAUAUCAUCAAAUGAUAAUCCUUUGAUUAAAAACAUGCAUAAUUAUAUCUGUGGUGAUGAUGACCAAGCUUAUGAUGAUGAUUUUUAUAGUGGCGAUGUGCUUAACCAUGAUGAUGAGGAUGAUUCGAACAGUGAAUCCAAUUGGCGAAAUGAUUAUCCUGAUGAAAUGAGUUCAUCUAGUGACUCUGACAGAUCAAGAAGUAAUACAGAAUCAGAUUGUGAUUAUUACUAUUAAUAUUCUAUCAACUAGGAAAUUCACUUUAUUUCAGUAGAAAAACUAUAUGUAUAUAUUAUUUCUGUAAAAUAUUAAAAUACUAUCUGAACCUUCUUUUCUUAUAUCUUCAUUCCUUUCUGUUUUGUAUGGAAAAUAGAGC